AUGGAUAGGCCGCCCGAAUUCUUCGGUGAAAACAUACAGGACGACGAAGACGACAAAUACGAUCUAUUUUCCAGUCAGCGUAUGCAGGAUCGAGAUUAUGCCUACCAAGAUACAUCGCCUAGUGUUGACCCGGACGAUCCCUCUAUUGACGCACUACCCUUAAAGUCUCGUUCGCCAGACCCUUUCCCGAUGGACUCAACGCGCACCCAUACCCCGAGGAGGCUUCCGAGUAGCCGUGCCAGAAACAAAACAUCACAAUCCAACCUGGCCGAAACCGAAUCCUCGGGAGUAACCAAUACAUCGUCGAAAACGUCGGGAACUCGUUCAUCCAAGAAAACCCUCACUCCCGAAAAGGCGUCGAGCUCAUCGGGGGAAAAUUCGUCUAUAACCAACGGUUUUCCACCGCCUAAAUCUUCGCCCGCCAACAAGAAGAGACAACGAAAACAGCACAUUAACGAAUAUUUAACCCAGGGCCUUGAGACGGUCAAGCGACACAGAUUCCUGGAGAGGAAUCGGGUUGCGGCGACCAAAUGUCGCCAAAAGAAAAAGGAAUGGGUGUCAGAUUUGGAAGAGGCGAGAUUUGGGUUGGAAAGCCAAAACAACCAUCUUCAGAUGGAAUAUACCAGCUUGAGAGACGAAAUUACCCAUAUUAAAUCGCAACUUAUGGAGCAUGCCAGCUGUAACGACCCCAAUAUCGACAAAUGGAUCGAAAAUGAGGCAAAGAAAUUUGUUCUGGGGACGAGUGAGCGGUACGACCGGAUGCUGGCUGAUUUGGGUACUACACCCGGAUUGGCCGGUCAUCGAGGAAGCAUAUCUUCCCCUACUGGAUACCCAGAUAUUCCAGAGCCGGAGCUUAUUAGUCCAGUAACAUCGUCCCAUCGUGGCAGUGUAUCUUUUCCUCCCGGAAAUUUCAUGCCAAACUCGCCAGUCUUUUAUCGUCCGGAUCUAACACCGAAUAUUCCACAAGUUACGCCAUCGAUCCCGGUCGAAGAGCCAUACCCAGGGAAUCAAAUACCCAACUCAAUACCGGAAAAUGUAUCCGGAUUUAAUAGCGUACCAAUGGCGAAUGACGUGUUCCAAGAUCCGACGGUCCCCGAAGGCUAA